AUAAUUGUUUGAAUUUCCGACAUUUAAGAGCUAAAAAAAUGAAGCGAUUAUUUUCUACAUGUGUUUUUUUAAUAUUACUUAUAAGUCUAAUUAAUUUAUCAGAAAGUCAUCUUCCCACUUCUUGUGGGAUAUGUUCAAAAUGUGAGGUAACUUGUGAAAAUCCUUGUCCAAUGGGUGAUAAAGGAGCCAAAGGUGAACCUGGUACAGAAGGAGAACCCGGAAACGAUGGACGUAGAGGGCCGGUAGGACCUCCAGGGCCAGCUGGACCGAAAGGUGAACCAGGUAUAUGUACUUGUCCUGAACAGAGACCAACUUAUGAUAAGAAAACCUACUAUCCUUCAAAAUUCCAUGGUCAUCAUGGCUAAUAAGUGAAUGACAAUAUCUUACAUAUAUUUUUUUUUUUUAAUUAAGUUUUGUGAAAUAAUAAUAAAUUUUUAAAAUAUAAUAAAUAAAUUUUGUAUAUCAA